AUGCAGACAUUAACCAUCACGGCACUCCAGUCGACUGGAACAUCGAGCUGGAGGGUAGCAGUGUCCAGGGAAGUUUCAUUCCAAUAUGAUGCAACCGAAAGAGAUGUUCACGAUCCUUUUACCUCUGAACAAGAGCGUGAAUGCCAGUGGUAUUUAGAGGAAUAUGCGACACGCAGUCCGUUUGAGGAAGGACGAGCACGGCGCUUUUCACAAUCAAUUGAAGAAUAUGCUCAAGAUCUAUUUCGCCAGCUUGAUCUGCGAAGCGUCCUAUCGUUGCACCACUCUCCGGCAGACAGGCAGCCAGAACAUCUCACGAUCGAAAUUGCCACCCUUGCAAAUCCGAACCCAACUCUUAUCAACCAAGCAGCCUUUCAUCGGCUACAUUGGGAACUCCUGGAAACUCCUGAGCUUUGGGAUUCUUUCUUCUCAAAGGUGACAGUGGUGCGAAAAGUUCCCCCGGAUCACACCCUUACGCCAGAAGCUUCAUCGCAUACUCCGCCACGUUCUUCAAAUUUACCCGACAAGCAGACAUACAAUGUGCUUCUUGUCGUUGCGCGUGAUUUGCGGGAGCAUGACAACGAUGCACUUCCGGACUCGGUUCUAAAUGCACACCUUCGGAUGCAACCGAUCCUGGAGACUUUGACAGACAGGCCUCCACUGAGGGUUGAAGUCGUACGGCCCGGAACAUUCGCCGCUCUGGAGCAGCACUUGCGGCACGCCACUCAACUCCACGGGCCUGGAUAUUUUGACGUGGUCCACUUCGAUAUGCAUGGCAUCGUGAAAAUGGUCGCACAAGGCUCGCAAAAAAAGCUAUCCCCAAAAAGCUUCUUGAAAUUUGCUCAUCCUGACCUCAGCGGACGGCUUCAGCUUGUCUCAGCCUCGCGGGUGGCGGAGCUUCUCAAUGACCAUCAAAUCGACAGAGUCGUAUUGACGGCCUGCAAGACCGCGACAAGCGGAGACGGCAUGGACGCAAACUUGGCCAAAACAUUUGUGUCGAAGGGCAUGUCCGACGUCCUAGGCAUGUCAUUUGAAUUCCUGAGCUCUGCGACGACUACGUUUGCCGAAACGUUCUACCGCUCAAUCUGUGCUGACUUGACAUCCUUUGCUGAGGCAUCGAGCGAGGCCAGGGGAGCCCUUCGUGCCGAUGCUCAGAGAGAAGCCAGAUUUGGGAUCAUGGUCCUAGUGGUUGACUGGUAUGUCCCAGUGACCUAUGCGUCUACGGUUGAUCGUAGAUCAUCUUACCCUGUCUGCGUGUCUUCCCAGUCAAACAUACGGACCCCCGCAAGUGGAAUUGCUACGAAACCGACGCCUGAUGCGGCUUUGUUGGUUGGCCGUGAAUUCGACGUCCUUCGACUGGAGGCAAAAUUGGCAACUAAUGCUAUCGUGGCCAUGGGCGGGCGCUCAGGCACUGGAAAGUCACGCCUACUGCGGCAUCUUUCAUAUGUUUGGGAAGCUACCAGAUUUGCGGACCGAGUCCUUUACGUUGAUGCGAAAUUCGCUUCCGGUAAUGGUCAAACUCUUCUUUCAAUGGUAAUCAACAAAUUGCUCUGGUCUGGUGUUUCUUUGCCUCUUUCCGAAAGUGACGAUCGUAUCCUCUCGGAAAAUUGGGAAUUCUUCGAAAGAACGGCCCUCGACGAACGGACGUCAACAAUACUCGUCCUCGACAAUUUGGACGAUGCUCUUCGAUUGGUCGAAGCCUGCGACGCGAGUAAUAUCAACGAAACCAUCCUACCGGAUCUUCAGAAGUUGUUUAGCAUUGCGCGUCGGGCGCCGAACACUUUGAGUUCCAGGAAAAGCCUGACCAUACUGGUCUCGAGUCGUUGGAUCGCAAGCCGAUGGUGCAAUCUAUUCGAGAUCGAGCUCCCUUACUUUCUGCUCGGCGGACUCCGUCUUGCAUCGGCAUUAAAUCUUGCGCAGAAGAUUCUUGGACCUCCUGUCAGAGAAACUCCAUCCUUGAUGGCCGAACGGGUUGAUGCUUUGGAAGACAUUGUCAAUUUGCUGGACCGAUUACCAGGACCGUUAUUUGUUGUCUUGCGGCAGUUCCACAAAAUGGAAAUGCCACUGGCUGAAUACUACAACGCCCUUCUGUGCGGACGGCUUGACAGAAGACUUAAGCUCGGUUCCGAAACCGAACAAUUCGAAGUCGGAGGGAGCACGUUCCUCUCGAUGUUAACACCAGUGCUGGAGCCUCGUCUGAUGAGCAAUUGGUUUAGCAUACCGGAACCAGUGGCACUGAGGACCUUUUAUAGCUUGUCGGUCUUUUGGAACGAAGGCCCAGAAUGGCAUCGGUAUACCGAUCUGCUGGUGCAAACAGGGAUCCUCGAGGGAAUCGAACCUGCCUCGCCAACACACGAGAAGGAUUUCCUGGAGAAAACGGGAAAUAUUAUUUGGCAUCUCAAGGAUCUUGACGGACUCGAUUAUGAAGGAAGCAGUAUUACCUGGAUUCAUCCACUGCUUACGCUGAGUCUCCGGAACAUGAUUCAGGAUGCAGACCCAGCAUGCCAUUACCAUUUACAAGAUGCGCUAGGUCCAUCAAUCUGGAAAGGUCUCUUCGCGGAGCUACUCCACGGAAUGCUUCAGCGUUGGAAGGCGAAGAAUGCCGGGCACACUUCAUUCGCAGGGCUUGCGCAAUCGUCGAAGAGCGGGAGGCAAAACCUGGCCUUGUGCAUAGAGGCAUGCCUGCAUACGCCACUCCGAACCAACGAGUGGCCGCUCCAAUAUUUCAGCAGUUGGGUCUCUCUUUACCGCUAUACGAUGACUAGUCGCGAACAAUCGGACUUCUUGGCGUCUUUGAGUAGGGCGUUGCGGAAGGUGGUCAAAUUUGUGGACUCAGACGAUUCUCCUGAGCUGAGAAACUGGCACUUGAUUUGGACAAUUCUUCAUUGGAUCUAUGAAAUCGUUCGACCAAACAUCUCCUGGGAUGGCAAUCAGAAGCAGGAUGAGUUCGCCACCCGACACAUCGCCAUUGCGAAAGCGGUCUUCGCCAGAUCCAAAGCGUACUGUGCAAAUCUCGAACCUAUUCAAAAAGCAAUCGCUCGAAUCUACAGGCUCGAAGCUGUUAUUUUACUCUCGCAUUUGCAAAUCGACGACGCACAAAAGGCAUGGGCCAGCCAAAAUGACAUCGAGGACAACCUCUACGGCAUCUGUAAGGACGAAGACUUCCACCGUUUAGACCCUGGUCAGCUCAAUACCAAGCCUUGGGCACAAGCACUUCUGCAUCUACGUCGUUUCCUCUGGCAUCGUAUGGUCAGCAUGUUGACAGAGCCAGAGAACAAUGCCAGAGACGUUCCACGUGAAUUCUUCGGCAGGCUCAUCGAUACAACUUCCAAAGACUGGGGAGAUAUGCUGCCUGUUGUGGAGCGAAUGGGAUACCUGCCUCCCGAUAUGUCUUCUCAAACAGCUGUCAAUUUGUUCAUGUCUGGCCAAAGUUCGACUCCUGGAAAGCAACUCGAUAGGCUCGAAGCAUACCUAAGAGACGGGAAUACAGAGAAAGCGCUCUCGACCUGCCAACUUCUCUUACAACCUGCAUACGAAAAUGGCGAUUGGGGCCAAAUCAUCAAGUUGACCACAAUGAUGUUGGACUCCUCGCGAGAUCUGAUGUCGAUCCCAGAAAAAUGGUAUCAACUGCACAGCAUUGCCGCAAUCAGCUCAUUCCAUCUCGGCAACCAUCGUCACGCAAGCAUAAACUUCGCAAAAGCGGUACACAUCCAUCCGAGCGAUUCGGUUAUAGGAGAAGCUGAGAACUUCUUAAAUGGCGAUCCGCUCGCUCUUCUCAAAACAGGGCUCGGAUCGGUUCCCCCUUCGGGCUAUGCUCGCAUCUCUAUUGCCGUUGCGCUAUACCUUUGGCUCCGGUGCGAUGCCGAAUCUGCAAAAGUAACCCUCAAUCUACUUUCACCAUUUCUCCGUGCGACCGCGGAUACAAUCCAGGAGCUAUUCACGGACAUCCUGCAACUUCGCUCUACGAUGAGCCAGUGGCCGUUUCUGGACCUGCAAGUCAUCGAGACCGCCCGAAUGUUUGAAGAGAUUGAAAGCAUAGUGUUUUGUCGAGACGAGGGCACUGGGUGGAAGAAUCCCUUGCAGAGAAAUUGGGUUUACUUUGAGGAUUCAAUAUGGCCGCUAUAUUAUGCUUGGGAGGCGAGCAAUGGGCAGGAAGCGGGCAAGAUCCAUCUGGGGCAGGGCAAAUCAAAAUGA